CUGUAAGCAAUCUAUUUCUUCAAAGUAGCGUUCUUUUUUCCCUAUUAGAUCUAUAAUUAUAAAAGAUCCAUAAAAAAAAAUCAAUCUUUUUGCAUAUGCUGUAAAGAAAUCCAGAACCAAUAUUUGGGCAUGUCAGUGGCUGGAAAGGCCGCCGUGGAGCAUGUGAAUUUUCCGGGAAUGGGUACAAAGGACCGGCCCGGAUGUUGCAACCCGGUGAAGAACCCCGGCCCGGUUUCAAUGGACCAUGUUUUAUCAGCACUAGGUGAGACCAAAGAAGAAAGGGAGUCAAGAAUCAGAAGUUUGUUCAGUUUUUUCGAUUCGGACAAUGCGGGCUACUUGGAUUAUGUAAAAAUCGAAAAGGGUUUGUCUGCUAUGCAAAUUCCAGCUGAAUAUAAGUUUGCUAAAGAAUUAUUGAAAGCAUGUGAUGCUAAUAAGGAUGGGAGGGUGGAUUAUCAGGAGUUUAGAAAAUAUAUGGAUGAUAAAGAAAUGGAACUGUAUGGGAUUUUUGAGGCUAUUGAUGUGGAGCAUAAUGGUUGCAUCUUGCCUGAAGAACUGUGGGAUGCCCUUGUAAAAGCUGGAAUAGAAUUAGAUGAUGAUGAACUUGCACGUUUUGUGGAGCAUGUGGAUAAAGAUAAUAAUGGAAUUAUCACUUUUGAGGAAUGGAGGGAUUUUCUUCUACUCUAUCCGCAUGAGGCCACAAUUGAGAAUAUUUACCAAUACUUGGAGAGGGUAUGUCUUGUUGAUAUUGGGGAGCAGGCAGUCAUUCCGGAAGGCAUCAGUAAGCAUGUUCAUGCAUCCAAAUACCUGAUCGCAGGGGGUGUUGCAGGAGCUGCUUCUCGUACUGCCACAGCACCUCUUGAUCGCCUAAAGGUCAUUUUACAAGUGCAGACUACUCGUGCUUCAAUUGGUCCUGCAGUCAAAAGCAUAUGGAAGGAAGGUCGUUUAUUGGGGUUUUUCCGUGGCAAUGGGUUAAAUGUGAUGAAGGUUGCACCUGAAAGUGCAAUCAAGUUCUACGCUUAUGAAACCUUGAAAAAUGUUAUUGGUCGUGCCAAGGGUCAAGACCAAAGAGAUAUAGGAACUUCUGGUCGUCUUGUGGCGGGUGGAAUGGCAGGUGCAGUAGCACAAACUGCUAUCUAUCCGAUGGAUCUCGUUAAAACUCGAUUACAGACUCAUGCAUGUGAGGGUGGAAAGGUUCCUAAUCUGCGAAAACUAUCAAAAGAUAUUUGGGUACAGGAGGGACCUCGAGCAUUUUAUAGAGGAUUGGUUCCAUCGUUACUUGGAAUCAUCCCUUAUGCAGGCAUUGAUUUGGCUGCCUAUGAGACUUUAAAGGAUUUGUCAAAGAUUUAUAUUCUUCAUGAUAGUGAAGCCGGCCCUCUCGUGCAGCUGGGUUGUGGGACAAUUUCAGGAGCCCUCGGAGCAACAUGUGUUUAUCCUUUGCAGGUUGUUCGAACCAGAAUGCAAGCUGAUGCUGCAUAUGAAGGUAUGUCUGAUGUGUUCCGCAAAACGCUUCAGCGUGAAGGUUUCAGGGGCUUCUACAAAGGACUUUUCCCAAAUCUUCUAAAAGUUGUACCAGCAGCAAGCAUAACUUAUCUCGUGUAUGAAUCGAUGAAAAAGAGUUUAGAUCUUGAUUAGCUGGUAUAGAGUCGGCGACACACUGAGGUUCAAGCUGCUGAUCCUGAGGAGGAUGAUGAUGAUGAUAAAUAAGAUUAUUUAGCUCAUUGGUGAUAUGAUUUUCAGAAUCAUACACUUGAUUUUUGAGUCCCCAUUGGAUAUCGACGGGGAUUAUAGUUAUAGAGUUUUCUUCUUCAGAUUCAACCGACAAAUGACUACGUUGGCAAUUGAGAAUAGUCCUUCUUUACAAUGUAUGCCUGAGCUACUGGAAAUAUCCUUUCUACACUUUUGCCAAGUAAAUGCAAAAUGAAUACAGUGAGAUGUAGACCUUGAAAUUUUUUGCUAUAUGGAUGAUAGCAUGGGAGUGAGGUUCUGCUCUCUGCCCUUCUUUAUGUAGGCUUUAGGUGCAAAUGAAACUGUUGUAAUUAAAGUAUUAGUGCUGGUAAAGAGGAAACUUUUUCUUUUGUUGGGA